CCAAACAAAUCUCAGCAACGGCUCCACUCCACACGUACUCCACCUAAAGCAUUCAAUCAAAGAUAAUAAUAUUACACUACACACAACAAAAUAUUCAGACCAACAAAAUCGUAAUACAAGUCAAUUCAGAUACGAACGCCGGUUCGCGAUUUCUCUCUGUUUCUCAGAUAUCCGAUUCGAUUUCACGCCGCUGGUAAUCCGAUCCGGACGUCAUCGGAGGGAGGAAGAGGGGGAGAAAAAGAUCGCAGCUGUGGGAGUCCCUUUCUUCUCCUUCUCCUUCUUCCAUUUUUGAAGCAAGGAUUUGAAGUAGUCACGAUGAACGAGAAGGCCAACGUUUCCAAAGAACUUAAUGCUAAGCACCGGAAGAUUUUGGAGGGACUUCUUAAAUUGCCAGAAAAUAGAGAAUGUGCUGAUUGCAAAUGCAAAGGUCCUCGAUGGGCUAGCGUGAACUUAGGUAUAUUUAUAUGCAUGCAGUGCUCUGGGAUUCACAGAAGUCUUGGAGUGCACAUAUCAAAGGUGAGAUCUGCAACACUUGAUACAUGGCUUCCUGAACAGGUUGCAUUUAUUCAAUCCAUGGGAAACGAGAAGGCAAACAGUUACUGGGAGGCAGAGCUUCCCCCAAAUUAUGACAGAGUUGGGAUUGAGAAUUUCAUUCGUGCCAAGUAUGACGAGAAGAGAUGGAUACCCAAGGGUAGGAAACCAGAGUCACCUCCUAGGAGAAUAGAAGAAAAAGCUUCCGUUCAGUGGCAAAGACCAAGUGAUAGAAGUGGGCACCGAUAUGUCAGCAAUUCUGGGAACUCUCCUGCUGAGAGGAAGAAUGUUCCAGCAUCUAGUACAAAAGAAAAUGUUCCUGGCAGGGUAACUGUACCCAUGCCUCCUAAAGGACCAGAACAAGUUGCUCCAGCUGAAGUGAAUGAAGAAGUGAUCCAGAAAACUGAACCAACUCCACCUGCUGAAUCAUCGAAGCAGGUUCCAGACAUUGUCUCUGCCCCUAAAGUUGAUUAUGCCACUGAUCUUUUCAGUAUGCUUUCUAUGGAUGAUUCUGGUCAAAAUGCCACUGCAGCAACUGAGGAUGAUAGUACAUGGGCAGGAUUUCAGUCUGCUGAUGCAUCAUCAUCAACGGAGAAGACUGUCCCAGCAAACCUUGAGAAAAACAAGACACACUCUGCUUCUGGAAUUGAAGAUCUAUUUAAGGAUUCACCAUCAAUUACACCUGUUUCCAUGUCAGGGAAACCACAAAAAGAUGUGAAAAAUGAUAUCAUGUCUCUUUUUGAGAAGUCCAAUAUCGUUUCCCCCUUUUCCGUUCACCAGCAACAACUUGCUAUGCUAGCUCAACAACAGUCCCUUCUAAUGGCUGCUGCUGCUGCCAAUGCUUCUGGAGGAACACAAAAAGCUCCUGGUAACGCACAACUGGGGCUUAAUGGUACCAACUUGCCCAACCAAAGUUGGCCAAAUGUUGGUUACCAGUUCCCUGGAAUGAUGACACCUGCAGCUGGGAAAAUUGAGUUAGAGAAAUAUAUGCAGAUGGGGAACAUGGGAACAACUCAUACAGUUGGAAAUUCUUAUCCUCUCCCUAUGUCUAGCACAUAUCCAGUGGGGUCUAAUGCUUCUAGUAACGGCAGUAUCCCCUCAGUAGCUGGCAAACAGACUUCCUCCUCUCUAUCAUCUGGUUCUUCGCAAUCAGCAAAAGAGUACGACUUUUCCUCUUUGACACAAGGGCUUUUCUCAAAACAUUAAAUGGAAAUGGCAUUUUCGAUCUGCCAUUGCACACUACACGAGUAAUUUACAGAAACAGUAGUUAAUGGAGUUCUUUUCUCCUGUAUUUGGGGGUUGUAAACUAUGUAGGGAAGCAGCUUCAGCAUUCUGUUUGUAGGUGUAUCCGCAUAAUAAAUUGAUUAAGCUUGAGAUAUUCUUUAUCCGCACGUGUUUGUACUUCUGUUUGUUUGAUGAAUUCUGAUCAUAAAGAGGAAGAAAGCUAUUUGAAGUAUGCGACAAAUUGGUACUUCCAUG